UAUCCAAGAUGGCUGACCUCGUGGGAAAAAAACACGCCGCGAAGGCGAACUUGGCAGUUGAUGUGCCUCUGCCAAAUAUUUCACGGAUAAAAAACAAAGACAGGAGAAAGGAAGAAUAUGUGAAAUUGAAAAGGAAGAAACAGAAAGAAAAACGAGAGAGACAAAAGAAACGAAAGAAAGAAGAGGAGGCCCUUGGAGAUGAGGCACCGCCGAAGAAAGUACCGAAGACGAUUGAAAACACCAGGGUCUAUGAUGAGACAAUGGUUGAUCCGCAGGAUGAAGAGGUACGGUAUGACGAAGCCACGGAUGAAAUGUCAUCAUAUUUCGACAGAAAAUCAUUGCCAAAAAUCUUAAUAACAACAGCAGACAGACCCAAAUCAAGAACAACGCGUCUUUGUAAAGAGCUUUCUGACUGCAUUCCUAAUUCUGAGGUAUACUACCGAAGGGGACUGGCACUGAAAAAAAUCAUUCCACAGGCCAUUGCCAAAGAUUUUACAGAUAUUGUCGUUAUCAAUGAAGACAGAAAAAAGCCUAAUGGAUUAUAUAUAUGCCAUUUACCAGACGGCCCUACUGUACAUUUUAAAAUGAGUUCUGUCAGACUAUCCAAAGACAUCAGACACUGUAGUAGCGGCACAGAACACCAACCAGAAGUGAUACUGAAUAACUUCAACACAAGGCUCGGUCACAGUGUUGGUCGGCUAUUAGCCUCUCUAUUCCCGCAUGAUCCAGAAUUCCAAGGAAGACAGGCAGUCACAUUUCACAAUCAGAGGGACUAUAUAUUCUUCAGGAGACACAGAUACAUCUUUAGAAAUACUAAGAGAGUUGGUCUGCAAGAGUUAGGACCAAGAUUUACUUUGAAACUCAGAUCUUUACAGAAGGGUACCUUUGAUUCGAAGUUUGGAGAAUAUGAAUGGGUUCAUAAGCGUCAUGAAAUGGACACCAGUCGCCGGAAGUUCCAUCUUUGAACAGUCAGUUUUUCUACAAUCGCGGGACUCCUAAACUGAUAGAUUAUGUUUUGAUUCUGUCACAGGUGUAUAAAAAUGUCAAGGAAAUGUGAAUUCCAAAAUGUAUAUAUGCAGGUUUUACCAAAGAUUUAUGAGAUAUGGGUAUUCAGUUUUCAUAACCAUGAAAGGUGUUAUGCAAAGAUGAUCUCAUAAAAAGCAACGCUUUCAUUUUGUGAACGCCAAUUGAACAUAGUUCUAAGUAAUAGCAUCACAGAACACAGUUGGUAUUUAUAAAUGUUUGAUUGCUUAAAUGGAAAUGAGUGAAAUUAUUGCUCUUUAUUCAAAAUUGUGAAGCGCGCAUAUUACAACACACUUGCAUUAGGAUAUUGUAGGAAUGUUUGUCUUGCAACUUGGUGAUCAAUUUGUGUAAUCUUCAUUUCAUGUCACACACUUUGCAUAUCUGGAUUUUAAUAAAUCCUUGGGUUUACAUACAUUAUACUGGAAAUCUUUUCACCUAAGAACAUCGCUAUCCAGAAACUGUAAUGGAAUUUUGCAUGGCUAGUAAAGGGUUUUGAUUUUAUUCCUGUACAGUUCCAAUGUAGCUAAUAUAGAUGAACUCUUUGUUUGUGAUAAUAAAUGUACAUAUUAAAAGAG